AUGUUUCUAGAAUCUCCCGAAGUCAUGCUUGACGCUCUGCAUAUUAUCACUACAAUUGUAUGUCCGUUCCAAGUGUUUGGCAUCUAUUGUAUUCUUUUCAAGACCCCUAAAACUAUGAGUUCAAUUAAAUGGAUCCUGUUGAACUUGCACGUAUGAUGUCUGUUCUUUGAUUUAGGACUCACCGUACUCAGUGCUCCUUGUCUCAUAUUGCCUGCGCUGGCUGGAUUCCCACUGGGAAUUCUGUGGGCAAUAUUUGAAGUUUCGAUUUUGUUUCAAACGUAUUUGAUUUUCACUAGCUUACUCAUGGUAUGCAACGCAAUUUUGGUUAUGUUCGAGAACCGAUAUUAUCAAAUGUUCGGGAGAAACAAAGCCUGGCGUCACUUCCGUUUACCAUACAUUUUUCUACUAACCGUUUUCAAUAUGAACUGCGCAUUAACUCUAUAUUAUUUUGUGCCAGAUCAACCUACUGCGCUAGAUUAUGUGUAUAAGCAGGUACCAAACAUUCCCGCCGAGUUCAAGUCUCGUCCCAUGUUCGUAGUCUCGAUCGAUAUUGGUAUCCCCAUAGCCGAAUUCAUUAUUGUGAUUACAUUUCUGUUUUCUAAUGUAAUAGUUUUUAUCACAUUGAUCCAUUGGAAUAUGAACUCGUCAACUAUCAAACAAGUGAAAUCGGUACAAACCAGGAAAAUGGAGGAAAAGUUUCUUCUGGCGAUCUAUGUUCAGACCGGCGCCGUGGUUAUUGCAUUCCUGUGCCCAGCUUCCUAUAUCCUAUUUUCGGUAUUCACCGAUUACUACAACCAAGCCGCCAACAACUGUAUAUUCAUUUUCCUCGCAUUUCACGGAAUAUUCUCAACACUUAUCCUUCUAUGGGGAUAUAAGCCGUACCGAAAGUUUUGCAUGAACAUUUUGAAGUCGAUAAAAGGCGACAGAAAAACAUCAACAUUGGCUGUUAGAUCAGCUGAAGUGUCUCGAUCAAGAAAUUUCAUGGUGUGA